CUUCCACUCCUUCCUCCCGUCGCGCUGCGCACAGCCACAGACGCUCCUCCAGCUCCGUGCAGCCCCGGUGCGAAGAUGGUUGGCGGCUUGUGUGCUCGCAGGUUGGCCCGCCGGUCUCGGUCCGCCCUGAUAGCUGCCCUCACUGUGCUGCUGGUGCAGACACUGAUAGUGUGGAACUUCAGCAGCCUCGACUCCGGCGAAGACCGGGAAAACGGAGGCUCCAACGUGCGGGAGAAGAGGGACCGGGUCGCGGGCAACAAAGCCGCUGGCAGCGACUAUUUCCAGCAUGGGCUCCAGCAGCGGCAGCGGCAGCAUCUUCAACCGCCCGGGAAGGGGUCGUCUCGCCACAUACAGCAGCCGGAUGGAUAUUACUCCCACCGGCCGAAGGAGAAAAAUAGAGUGGACAGCAACAACGAGAACUCUGUACCCAAAGACUUUGAAAACAUAGACAAUAGUAACUUUGGAGCGCGCUCGCAGCCCCACCGGCAGUCUGUGGGGGCCACCAGCAGCAAACAGCAGCGGGAGCAUCUGCAGGAAAAAGCGCAUGCCCAGCAGCAGGCCUGGCGGGACACCUCCCCGAGCCGAAACUCCAACGAGGUUCUACCUGUAGGCCACCAGACGCUGGCGCUGGGAAACAAUGCCUCCCACCAUGGAGGUGUCGGGGGAGUGUCACGGCAACACUACCGUGCCUCACAGGCCCAGCAGGCCGAGUCACAACACAGACAUCAGUAUCCGCACAGGAGGCAGGCAACGGCCGCGCCGCUGGAGGUGACCUAUGAUGAGCCGCCCAAGUGUGAGAUCAGCGGGAAGGAAGCCAUUUCAGCUCUAUCCAGAGCCAAGAGCAAGGAGUGCCGGCAACAGAUCGCAGAGGUGUACUGCAGACACAAGGAAGGGCAAUUAAUGCCCGAGAAGGUCACUCGGUACUGCCCUCUCGAGGGUAAAGCCAAUACUAAUGUCCAGUGGGAUGAAGACUCUGUGGAGAUCUUUCCUAUAAAACCAGUCAGAAUAGCGUUUGUCCUGGUGGUCCACGGACGAUCCUCCCGCCAGUUUCAACGCCUCUUCAAAGCCAUCUUCCACAGCUCGCACUACUACUACAUACACGUGGAUCAGCGCUCCAACUAUCUGCAUAGGCAGAUUCAAGCCAUGGCUGCCCAUUAUCCCAAUGUGAGGGUGACACCUUGGCGCAUGGCCACCAUCUGGGGGGGGGCCAGUCUGCUGACCAUGUACCUCCGCAGCAUGGCCGACCUGCUGGCCAUGAGGGACUGGAGCUGGGACUUCUUCAUCAACCUCAGUGCUGCCGACUACCCCAUCAGGACCAACAACCAGCUGGUGGCCUUCCUGUCCAAAUACAGAGACAUGAACUUCAUCAAGUCCCACGGCAGGGACAACGCCAGGUUUAUCCGUAAGCAGGGUCUGGACCGUCUGUUCUUCGAAUGCGACACCCACAUGUGGAGGCUGGGCGACCGUAAAAUCGCAGAAGGCAUCUCUGUGGAUGGAGGGUCCGACUGGUUCCUCCUCAACCGCAUGUUUGUGGAAUAUGUCAUCAACUCCAAGGACGACCUGGUCACCAGCAUGAAGCGCUUCUACGCCUAUACUCUGCUGCCGGCCGAGUCGUUCUUCCACACAGUGCUGGAGAACAGCGCCCACUGUGAGAGCAUGGUGGAUAACAACCUGCGCAUCACCAACUGGAACCGCAAACUGGGCUGUAAGUGCCAGUACAAGCACAUCGUGGACUGGUGCGGCUGCUCCCCCAAUGACUUCAAGCCUGCAGACUUCCACCGCUUUCAGCAAACGGUGCGGCCCACCUUCUUUGCCAGGAAGUUUGAGGCCAGCGUGAACCAGGAGAUAGUGAACCAAUUGGACUCCUACCUGUACGGACCCUUCCCCCAGGGGACGCAGGGCCUGAACUCCUACUGGGAGAACCUUUACGACGAGCCUGAUGGUGUGGCUAGUCUCUCGGAUACGCAGCUCACGUACUUCCACUCUUUCUCGAGGCUGGGUCUGGCCCGAGCGGCCGCCUCUCUGCAGGGGAACCCAAAUGAUCACAGCUGCAGGUACUUCCCCAUGGGUCAUCCGGUGUCAGUGCAUCUCUACUUCCAGGCAGACCAGUUCCAGGGCUACCUGGUGAAGCACCACGCCACCAACCUGGCAACAAGCAAACUGGAGACCAUGGAGACCUGGGUGGCACCCAAGAAGAACUUUAGGCUAACCACGCCUGCCAGCAGCACAUUCAGCAGGUUGCAGCUUGCAGAGAUUGGCACUGAGUGGGAUGCCAAAGAGCGCAUGUUCAGAAACUUCGGCGGCCUGAUGGGCCCCAUGGACGAGACGGUGGGCAUGCAGAAGUGGAGCAAGGGGCCCAACGUCACCGUCACGGUCGUGUGGAUCGACCCCACCAACGUCAUCGCGGCCACCUAUGACAUCCUGAUUGACGCGGGGGCAGAGUUCACUCACUACCGCCCGCCGCUCAACCUGCCCCUGCGGCCCGGCGUGUGGAGCGUCCGCAUCCUGCACCACUGGAGCCCCGUGGCCGAGAUGCGCUUCCUCAUCGCCCCGCUGACCUACAGCAAGCACCAGCCCAUACGACAAGAGGAUACUCUGAAGCUCCACAACGGGCCCACCAAGAACAGCUACAUGGAGCAGAGUUUCCACGGCCUUAACCCGGUGCUCAACAUCCCGGUCAGCCUGGGCUUCGUGGAGCAGGCCAAGAGGAAUGCGGCCCUGACCGGCCCCGAGCUGGAGCGCUGGUCAGACAGCCUGGUGGGCGAGAUGUGGGAGGCGGCCGACGUCUGCGCCGUGGGCCCCACCGCCUGCCCCGUGAUGCAGGCCUGCCCUAAGAACCCCUGGAGCUCCCUGAGCCCAGACCCCAAGUCCCACAUGGGAGUGGCGCGCGAAGACGGGCGCAUCAGAUAGCAGCGAGGCCUCCAGCUGGACAGGAGGCCGCGGCGCAGGAGAUUCAUUGUUGAUUUUUAUUUAUUUAAGGGCUUCGCUGCAGGUGGGGGAAGGAAACGUGAUCUCUGUCUCUAGAGGAGAGGGAAACAAAGGAAAAAGUGGAUUUUCUCGGGGGUUAGCGAGUGUGUCUGGACAGAAAGCGAAGGGAACGAUUUUCAGAUCCUCCCACGGGGUUCCUCCUUUUAGGGGAUUAUGCUGGCUUUGCUAUUUCAGUUUCCUGUGUCUUUAUUUUCCUUCUCAUGGCUGAGUUUUACUGUGAUCAAACGUUGCAAUUUUCGAGCAUUUAUUUUUGCUGCUGAAUGAAUUAUGAAGUCAGCUUUUAAAGCCCUGCACGGGGCACAGCGGUCAUGUGACACUGGCAGCAGACGAAGCUCUGCUGCAGAAAAAGACAUGCAUGAGGAGGAAGCCUAGUACUGAACUAAAUGUGCCUCCUUAAGUGUGUGUCAACAUAAAUAAAAUGAGACAACAUCUGAGUGUUCAGAUUUACCCAAACAGUCGGAGAAGAUUAUUUUGAUACAACUCAAAUGCAGCACCAUUUAAGAUUAUAAAUGUCCCCUUUAUGGAGAAAUAUUUUAGCAUUUUCAAAGCAAACCAAUUCAAAACUUUCUGAUAGUUGGAUGACUUCAGUUUGUAAAUCAGUAGAACGGAUCAGUAACAGCAGCACAACUGCUCUCAGUUCAGUGCCUGAUCAGGAUGUGGAACUGCUGCAGUAACAUUUCGUUAAAAUAUGGAAAAAGAAGAAUGCAAAUAAAGAGGCCUUUUCAGAAUAAUGAAACCUAUUUGGAUUAUAAUAUAAAUCUAAUGUUAGUUUUAGUGUUGUAAAUUCAUGAAAGCUUCAUUUUUGUUCUUUAUACAAUAGCGUUUUAAGACUUCACAUUCACAUAGUUUCGGUUUGUUUUACUAAAAACCAAGAGGUUGUUUUUUUCACCGACAUGCCUCCAACUUGAAACACUUGAGCUGACCUUAAAUGAUCAUCCUCAUCUUUUUUUACUUUCUUCCACCUUAUGUUGUACAAGAUUAUACAAGUCUCAAAAAAAAAUGUGUGAAUGAGGAAGUGGGGUUGGGUGAGUCCAUGAGUCGCUAUUUAUUUAUAAGUUUAUAUUAAUACUGAUAUUUUUAGUCAGUGACUAAAUAACUGCGACGCUGCCUUGGCAGCAUGAUAAUAUUUUUUGUAAAGAAAGCCGCCUUUAUUUACAAAGGCCCUAACCCCAAACUUGUACCUUUUUACGGCCCGCACCUGUGUGUUGUCUGUGUUGUCCUGUCUGAAUAGAUCUCCUUGUCUUGGUUUCGUACAUGGCUGUUUGCCAAGAGAAAGACACUGACCUGCGGGGUCAGAGGUCAACUAUACCUAACAACCUCACCAAGCAGCGAAGGGAAACAAACCUCACACACAUUGGACAGCGUCUGAGUUGAAGGAGAAACUUUGCAUUUUGGUGUUUCAUGGUUCAAGUCAGUUUCAGAAUGAUUGUGGUGAUCUUCAUGCUGUGACCAUAAUGUACAAUUUCAAGUGAAUAUUAUAUUGUAUUUUAUUGCAAAAUGCAUAAAUCACUACAUGACCCAUCAACCCUUGUUCUGCCAUUGAGACAAUCUCCGGACAACAAUUUAUAACUCAUCCUGAACAACAGGUGCGCUCAGAUGUUUGUUUUUCUUUGAAAUAAGUUUCAUCUGGAGCCAAUUAGAGUUCAAUCUGUGAUUGUCAACAUUGUUUAGCCAGCACACGGGCUAAGUGAGUGUUUCUGCACAGGCUAAUUAAGAGACAUUUCUGUUCAUUAAUGUCAAGUUCACCUUGCCUCUCUUGUCGGAUGUGUCGAAUGCUAUCACUCCUUCCCUCUUAACGCAUUCUCGGGUUUAAGAUGAAAAGGACGGUUUUAGUUUUUCACUGGUUGGCCUCUGCUGCCAGCUUUUAACUUAUCAUGCCUCCCUGUUCAGAACAACUACAUCACACAAUACAUAUUAUUAUGUAAGCUCAAUGACAGUUUUGGAAAAAGGUGAAUUAAAUAAAUGUAAGUCAAUGUGGAAGUCCUAUUUUGUAACAAAAUGAUUAAAAAAUGAAGAUGUACAUAGGUAUUUUGUAUUGAAAUAUUGUUUUAAAAAAAAAAAGGUAUUGUACAUGUAAAUACAGAUGUGGUUAAAAUGAAUUAUUAAGAAUUUCUGAAGUGUUAAUAACUGGGCACAAAGAGUAAAUUGAUGGCGUUUAUUGAUCAAAGUACAUAACCUGUUUCAGUGUUUUUUGGACAGCUGUGACAACAACCUUGUCCUUUUUGCCUCUCAGAGAAAAUCACAUGCCAGAUUGUUGUUGUUCUUGCUGGAAUGUAUUGUUGAGCAACUGUUGCACAAACUUCUCUGAACUGACGUUUCCCCCCCCCCGUUAUCUUUUUCCGGGGAGGCUCUGUGUGCCUUAGCUGACUUUUAGUACGUUCUCUGUCCAUUAAAAGAAGGAAAACCUUUUAUUUUGUUAUUUGUUUUUGAUCUGAUGUGAAGAAUACCAUGAGUUUGUGGAGUGGUUCACUGGUACUGCAACACCAAAAAGAUGUCUGCUGUUGUAUAUAUCAUCAGGCCUUAUGUCUUUAUCAGUUUUUGUUUUGAUUCCCUUUGGGGGAUUUGUUUUGUUGUUCUUGACUGGCUUGUCUUACUUUUCUCUGACUGCUUUUUGGAAAUAAAAUUAUAUGGAAAAAAAGCUCA